AUGAUUGACAGAAUUUUGAAAGUAAAAGGAUUGACUGAUCAAGAAUUGGUUUUCUAUGCACAACUCAAAGGAGAUUUCUAUAGACACGUUCUUACUGUUGACCCAGAAUCCGCCAAAGAUGAAUUAUUGAAAGAAAAAUGUUUGAACUCAUAUGAAUCAGGUAUAGAAACAAUCAAAAGUCUCUCAAUUGUGGAUCCAACUAGAUUGAGUUUGAUCAUUUCACUUGUUGUAUAUUACAGCGAUGUUUUGAAAGAUAAGAAAAAGGCAAUUGAAAUGGCUCAAUCAGAAUUUGAUAAGGCAAUUCCUGAAGUCGAUUAUUUAAGUGAUGAAUGGUAUAGGGAAGCCAUACUCCUUUUACAAAUAUUGAAAGACAACAUCAUAAUGUGGAGUUGUGAAUUAGAAGAAUUAGAAGAAUUAGAAGAGUAA